GCACUUCUGACGGAGCUUGCGGCCAUCCGGAGUCAGGAAGCGACCCUGCUUGAAGAGAUGGAGGUGCUUCGCAAUGUGGCUGAAGUGGAUGCGCUGCCUGACCCGGAGCCUGUGGCCCCCACACCGCAGAAGAUGGUGAUCGCUGUCCCGGCCCGUGACUUGCAGCGGCUCCAUGCCCAGCUUCGCCAAGCGCGGGAGCAAAAGGAGGUCUUGAAGCAGGAGGUUGCCGUCGGAGAGCGUGAGGAGCAGCUGCUGAGGAAGGAGCUUGAAGAGGUGGAGCAGCAGCUGCGGCUGAGUCGAGACGACGCGGAGCGAAAGCGCAGUUUCAUCGCCACUCUGCAAGUCCACUGCUCCGGAGAGGACUCCGAGAAUCUGGAGGCACAGGCUGAGCGGCAGGCAGAACUUCAAAGCCACCUGGCCAAGGCACGUCAAAGUCUGGCCAGCAAAGAUGCGCGGCUCAAGGCGCUGAGGGCCGAAGCGGCUGAGGCGAAGCGCCUCAGUGAGGCCCGGCGGGCCGCGGAGGCCGCCGACGCCAAGAGAUCUGCGGCCGACCUGGCUCGGACCAAGGCCCUCCGCUCCGAGUUGCGCCGCAAAGAGAAGGCGCUUCAGGAACUUUGGGCUCAGAGUGAGGUCAUGGAGUCGCGGCUGGAAGAGAGUUACUGUGCCGGAUGA